AUGGCGUCCUUAGACGUUGAGUCCCUAUUCACCAACGUUCCAGUCGAUGAGACGAUAGGGAUCAUCAUGGAGCGGGUAUAUAGGAAUCCCGAUAUGAGACCCCCUAACAUCCCAGAAGACUCUUUAAGAACCCUGCUGGAUAUCUGUAUGAAGAGAGCCCCUUUCACCACCCACCGAGGACAGAUGUAUCGCCAAAAGGAUGGCAUAGCGAUGAGGUCCCCCUUAGGAGUCCUCUUCUCUAACUUCUACAUGGGUGAAGUGGAAGAAAGGGUCUUCUCGCAACAUAGAUGUCCCCGCACAUACGGACGAUAUAUCAAUGACAUCUUUGUGCAAGCCGACUGCAAGGAUGAGGUAGAAGCCCUUCGGCAGCAGUUCCUGCAGCACAGCAUGCUCAACUUCACCUUCGAGUACAGCAGCAACGAUCGGCUCCCCUUCCUCGACGUCCUUGUCACGAAGACGAAUCAGAAGUUGGUUACUACAGUUUACACCAAAGCUACGAACGUUGGACUUUAUCUAAAUGGAGAUAGCGAUUGUUCUGAGUGGUUCAAGACCACCACCAUCAAGGCCUUCAUCAGGAGGGCCCUCUCGCACUCCUUCAUGCACCACCAAUACAAGGAGGACGAAGUAGCCAUGAAGAAAAUAAUAGAGGAACACAUCCGCCCCAUAGAGGAAGGAAAGAGAGUGUCCCUCAUUAUUUACUACAAGAAUCGGCAUACGAAGGACCUCCUGAUGAAGAACAAUCCCUCCCCGCCCGUAGGAGACCCCUAA